GACUGAGUGUCUGACUCGACCCUUUUCUUGUGCAAGGCUCCCCACCGCCGCAUUCUCACCAUUCAGCCUCAGUCCGGUCCAAAUUUUACUCACAGAGCGGAGCACCGGCGUGUCGCACAUCGCUGAGACGAGCAGAGCAGGAGCGACAGUAAGCAUAAAAUCAAACAUCAGCAAAAGCAAAAACAAAACAAGAGCUCACAGUGCAGCAGCCUAACACUACAACAACAACAGCACACAACAACCAAAAUGUCCUUCAAAGACUCCAUCACCAAUGCCUCUGUUCGCCACUUCAGUGGAUACAUCUGCCUCAAGCCCCAAGUGGGGGAUGAUCUCAGCAAAGUCUACAGCCCAAGUGCCAUCAGUGCAGUCUGGAAGAAGUGGGCAAUGGCACGCAUGACACAAAAGAAGCCCUGUGUUGGUAUCAUUGACAGCGUUGAAAACAAGUUUUCCGAGGAUCCAGUUGUGAAGGUCACUGGAGAACUGAACUCUUGUCAUCAUGAAGCUAUGAAUGAUGCAGAGGUAAUUGAAACAUUGAAGUCUCUGUUCUGCACCCUGGCCAAGGCCCUCAAGCAGACACAGACUGAGUUCAAGUUCUACGGAGACAAUGAUAAGUACUUGUGCCGGUACAACAUCUGCCACUCCAAGAAAUCACUUCGUCAAUCCUGGGGAAAGCUUCGAGCAUCUGCUUUGUUGGAGGAUGAAGAACAAGAUGAGACCAUCACACAACACAUGCAACUCCCUGGAAUGGAACCUCCCAAGAAGGAAGUAAGCCUCAAUGACCUGAUGACUUGGUAUUGUCCGAUGGGCCCAACAGAGGUUGAAUGCUAGGGGGAGUAGCUUGUUAGGGGGGAGCAGCUUGGCAGAAGGCUCCAUUGCACAGACUCAUAAAAAGAAUUUAGAAUAAACUGUACGUAACUUAGAACGAUUGGAAUAAACUUUGAGCAGGUUCUGUAGAACAAACUCACAAACAAGCCUAGAAUUAACUUAACAUCAAC